CCAUGCCGUAUUGUUUACAUUCGCGUUGCAGCGGCGUUUCUCGCGGUGAAAAUCAUAUGAAACCGGUGCAUUUUAUCAUUCCUACCUAAUUCAGUUCGUUUGUUAAUCGCGAUGAAGGACGCAAAGAAAAAAUCCGGCCCCGCCGGCAAAGGUAAGGGUGAUAAAACAGCUAAAAAACAAGCAAACAGCUCGACCCAGCAAUCCAACGGCAACGGUAAUGCGCCGAAGAUGUGGGACGACGACCGGUUCGCCCAUUUGAUCAACAACCCGCGCUACCAUGGCAUGCCAAAGUCGAAGAAAACGGUCAAAAUCGAUAGCCGCUUCAAGGCCAUGUUCGACGAUGAACGGUUCAAUCAGAAGGCCACGAUGGAUAAGUACGGCCGGAAGAUUAAGAAAACGGACUCGGACUUGAUGCGCAAGUUUUACCAUCUCGAUUCGGAUGAGGAGAACGAAGAGGAAGCGGCCCGCGAGCGGGAACGGGAGGAGCGGGCGAUGGAGGAUCGGGCCGGAUCGGAAUCGGAUGAAGGUGCCGAAGGGUUGCAGUUAACGAAGGAGGAAAAGAAAGCGGGCCUGUCUGGCAAGGUGAAGGACCGGCUAAAGGAUUUGGAGGUGGAUUUUGCGCGUGGAGAAGGGUUGCUGGAGUCUUCCUCGGACGACGACGAUUCGGACGGUGAUGAGGAGGAGGGACAGGAUGUAUUCAUUGAGCACGUGUGGGGCGAGCUGGAUGCGGAAGCGGAGCGGACGGAAGAAUCCACCAGACGGUUGGCAGUCUGCCAUAUGGACUGGGACCGUAUCCGAGCGGUGGAUGUAAUGGUGCUGCUGAGCUCAUUUCUUCCCCCGGGUUCGGCCAUCAAGAGUGUAACGAUUUAUCCUUCGGAAUAUGGCAAACAGCGCAUGAAGGAAGAGGAGGAACGUGGCCCGCAGGAGUUGACUGUCCGCACGAUUGAAAACUCCGACGAAGAGGAGGAGGAUGAAGAAGUACAGAAGGAGCGGUUGCGCGAAUAUCAGCUUAAUCGGUUAAAAUAUUACUAUGCCGUCGUGGAGUGCGAUUCGGUCGCAACGGCCGAUAAGAUCUACAAGGAGUGCGACGGCAUCGAGUACGAAAGUACGGCCAACAAGCUAGACCUGCGCUUCGUUCCGGACGAUAUGGAGUUUGACGAUGCGCCGAAGGAUCGCUGUACCGAGCUGCCCGAGGUGGGCAAGUACGUGCCGCGUAUCUUCGGCACGGCCGCACUGCACCAGUCGAAGGUGGAGCUGACGUGGGACGAGAACGAUCUCGACCGGAAGGAGUUCAACGAGAAGCUGCGGGACGGGAAGUGGGCAGAUCUGCCCGAGGCCGAGCUGAAGAAGUACGUGGUGUGUUCGAGCAGCGACGAGGAGGGCGAAGAUGAGGAUGGUAUGGGCAGUAAAAAAUCCAAGCGUCCGGUCGUACGAGUCGGACCCGCCGACAGUGACAGUGAUUCUGGGGAGGAGGAGAAUGGUGACGGUACCGACUCGGACGGUGAGCCGAAGGGAAGCCGUAAAGAGAAAAUGAUCGCAAAGUAUCGUGCCCUGCUGAACGACAUCAAAGAACAGGAGAGGGAGCAGGAAGAAGACAAGGUCGGCUUGGAGUUCAGCUGGAAGGUGAACGGGAAGGAGGAGGAUGAAGCAAACAACGAUCAGUCCGAUGCCGAAUCGGACGAUGAGCCCGCCAAGCCACCCAAGGACGAUGUGAAUCCGUUCGAGAAGAUUCUGCAAAAGAAGAAGGAGAAAAACAAGCGCCGAAAGGAGCUGAAGAAGCGCCGGAAGCGCGGCGAACUGGAUGGUUCGGGCGCGGAAGCCACCGAGGACGACAGCUCCGAGGACGAUCUGCCGCACGGUGUCGAUCUAAACGAUCCAUUCUUUGCGAGCGCUUUCGACGAGAAAGAGUUCGGCGUGGGUAAAAAGAAGCAAAAAUCGAAACAGAAGGAGCGCGAAGCGAUCAAGCGAGCCAAGGAGGAGGAGGAACGGGAGGCGGAGGAAAACGAACGGCGCCGGGCGGAGCUGGAGCUAAUGCUGGACGAUGGCGAGGACAAUCGGGCACACUUUAAUCUGCGCGCCAUUCAGGAGCGUGAAAUCGAUCUGCGCACGGUGUCGAAGUCGAAGCGGCGCGCCCUGCUGAAGAAGAGCCGGCGGGAGAUCGAGGAGCAGCGAAAUCGGAAGGCGGCAGCGGACGAUUUUGAGGUGAACACGGAGGAUCCCCGGUUCAGUGCGAUCUACUCAAAGCCUGACUUCAGUAUCGAUCCGACGAAUCCGGCAUUUAAGAAGACGAAAGCGAUGGAGCGGCUGAUCGAGACGAAGCUGCGCAAGCGCCAGCUGGCGGAGAACGAUGUGAGGGAGGAGAAUGGGAAGGUGGUGCAGCCGGUUGAGAAGGUGGCAAAGCGGGACGUGUCCACGACCAUGCUGGUGAAGAGCAUCAAGCGGAAGAUAGGAAAGGCGUAAUUAGGUUGGAUUUAGUUGGGAGGAACAGUAGGUGUUUGCAUUUGUUCUAAUAAAAUCAUUAAAUAAUAGAUACAAAAA